AUGCGACCACCAAGAAUCGUCAUCCUCGUCCUCUUCUUCGCUGCUUGCCUCUUCCUCGUAUGUCGCGCUGUUAUAUCCGCCGGUCGCCCCGCCCCCAUCAUAUCUUCUUCUCAGUCAGCGCAAAAGUCUGGCUUCGUCGGCUUUAGAUCUAUCUUCUCUUUCACGACACCUUUCACCCUUUUCCCGCCAAACGCUAUUAUCACCAUAGCCGAUGACAACAGCACCUCAUUCGCAGCAAGACCUGCUGCUUUUGGACCUCCUUUACCAACAAAUGGCUUGAACGGUCAGCUGUGGAUCGGUAGUGGCUUUACCGAAGAGUCUACACAAGAUGGGGAGGGCGAAGGUGAAUUGGGAUGCAGUGAUGUACCCGGCUGGGAUGAUGGUACCUCGAAUGCUGUCCUAAAGCCAUCCGUAAAGGAAAUACAAAAUAAAUUCAAGCCCGCUAUUGCUAUCGAGAAGAAUAAGAACCAGAAACGAGAUAAAUCCAAAGGUCCCUUAGUCGACCGAACCGCUACCUCCAAGUCCGAAUCUAAAUCCAAGGCUAAGCCUGUGGACGACGGAACCGAUGACUACCUCCACCAGAAACUUGAUAAGUCAACCACGUCGCAGAGUGAAGCGCUUAGUUCUUCAAGCUCGGGACAUGCAGACAUACAAUCGAUACAAGAGGGAGCCGAGAUUGCCGGAAAGAUAGUCUUGCUAAGUCGUGGCGGCUGCGGUUUUCUUGAGAAAGUGAAGUGGGCCCAGCGACGAGGUGCUAUUGCUCUAAUUGUUGGAGACAAUCAGAGAGGUGGGCCAUUAAUACAGAUGUAUGCCCACGGGGACACAUCCAACGUUACCAUACCUUCCAUAUUUACGUCUCGUACGACCGCCUAUCUGCUCUCUCUCAUGAUGCAACCGGGGAGUUUCAUCGAAGACAUAAUUGACGAGAACGGCAAACCCUCUUUGAAAGUACAGCAGUCCGAGAAGGCUCGAAAGAACAGGAGGGCAAGACAAGCCGCCUCGCCGGCACAGUCCAUCAAAUCCAAUCCUAAAUCUAAAAGUGCAAAAACGCCAAUAAGUAAAAGGCCCUCAUCGCCAGGUGACGGAGCGUCAAACUUGGGAUUCAGCUGGAUCAAGAGGAUUUUUAGCUGGGGUUCUAAUUCCAAUUAUAAUUUGGCAUCAAGCGGCAGCCGCCCGCCUAGCAGCGGCCAACUUGACUGGGUGCUGGUUGAGGACUUUUCGGAUGAAAAGGACAAGAUCAUAAAAAGCAGUCUUGAGCGCGCAUCAAAAGCUAGAAUAGACGGUGUCUCAAAAACAAAGUCCAAGUCAACCCCUAAUGAUAAUUUUCAGAUAGGUGUGGAAGACUGGCGUGACCCCGAUCUAGUUGGAUCUUCCGACCAAGAUGAUGAACUACAAGAUUCGGUGGGAAUAAGCAACAAGCAGGCAAAAUCAAAUUUGAGGUCUAGUCAAGCCUUAAAGCAACACGACAGCGGGAAAACUAAGGGCAGGGUUACUCCCAACAGUGGACAAUACGCCGCAGGUCGUACGCCCGCAAAGGGGUCCGAUGCUAUCGGGUCUACCAAUAGCAAGAUAUUAGCUCCAUCUAACGGUGGUCUUAUUUCUAAGAUAUUCGGGGAUGGCGACGGAGCGGAUUUCGCCAAAGUCGAGGCCCAAUCUAAGCCGGCCGAUACAGACAAUGAUGGAAAGCUCGCUCUUAAUCCUGGAGACUCUCUCCCUGAUGCUGAUGAACGGGAAGGUCUCUGGGUCAUCAUUACCCCCUCGAGCGGCGCCAGUCCUUUUUUCGAUACACUCCUAGUUCUAGUCAUUAGUCCACUUAUUACACUCACAGUGGUCUAUGCCCUGCUUAUUCUACGGGCACGCAUUAGAAGAAGAAGAUGGAGGGCGCCAAAAUCAGUUGUUGAACGACUUCCGGUACGUACGUAUCAUACAGUAACGUCCACAUCAAGUCGCACGUCCAGAGUCCCAUCGCCAACCAGUUCGUCGCCGACAACACCGUUACUCCAGAGUCAACAUAGUCCGUCGAGGUCUAGGCCGCGAUCGCGGACUACUACUGGUGUGCCAUCAGCUGGCGACCUUCUGCAAGUUGAAUCUUCCUCGCCAAUACCUAAACCCCCCUCACGCCCAGAGCAUGAGAAACGUAAUGGGCAACACACAAGCCAGUGGAAGAAGUACAUGGGCCGGCAAGUCGAGUGCGUCGUUUGUCUAGAGGAAUAUGUCGACGGUGUCAGCCAAGUCAUGAGUCUACCUUGCGGACAUGAGUUCCACGUAGAUUGCAUAACGCCAUGGUUGAUAACACGACGGCGAACAUGUCCCAUCUGCAAAGGAGAUGUUGUCCGAUCUCUAGCUCGCGGGAUGUCAUCCAGCCCUCGAUAUGAACCAUAUCAGGACGAUAGUGACGAAGACAUAGAAGUGCAAGCAACGAGUUCUUCAUCUCCUGACGAUCCUAUCAGACAGGCGGAUAAUUCCGAUGUAGAGCAAGGCACGCCAAUAUUACACCACCCACAUCAGGAGAGUUGGUUUAGCACACUAAGGAAUAACAUGCGAAAUGGGCUUCUAUCUUGGUCCAGGCGAGCACCAGAGGAAACAGAGAACCAAGAGAGGGAAUAG